AUGCCCCGAUGCCCCUCGGGGGCCAUGGACGAGGGGCCCGUGGACCUGCGCACCCGGCCCAAGGCCGCGGGACCCCCGGGCGCCGCGCUGCCGCUCCGCAAGCGUCCGCUGCGCGCGUCCUCCCCGGACCCCGCUACCCCCCAAGCAGCCACGGGCCCCGGAGUCCCCACCGAGUCUCUAUGCGGAGGCCCGGAGGCGCCGGUAGUCCCCGCACCCCCGCACGGCCUGCACCGGCCUGAGGCGCUUUACUACCCGGGACAUCUACUGUCCCUGUACCCCACUCCACCUCUGGGCACCCCCUAUCCUCUGCUAAGCCUGCCUGCCCCUCUGUACCCAAUCAUGUGCUCGAUGGAACACCCCCUGUCGGCUGACAUCACCAUGGCCACCCGUGCGGAUGAGGACGGAGACACGCCUCUCCACAUUGCGGUGGUGCAGGGCAACCUACCAGCUGUGCAACGGCUGGUCAGCCUCUUGCAGCAUGGGGGACGAGAGCUAGACAUCUAUAACAACCUACGACAGACCCCGCUUCACCUGGCAUUGAUUACCACGCUGCCACCCAUGGUUCAGCUGUUGGUGAUGGCCGGCGCCAGCCCCAUGGCGCUGGACCGCUACGGUCAGACGGCGGUCCACCUGGCUUGUGAACAUCGCAGUCCCAGCUGCCUGCGGACCCUGCUGGACAGUGCGGCCCCGGGCACCGUGGACCUGGAGGCCCGCAAUUACGACGGCCUCACCGCCCUGCACGUGGCUGUGAACUCCGAGUGCCACGAAGCCGUGCUGCUGCUCCUGGAGCGCGGCGCAGACAUCGACGCGAUGGACAUUAAGAGCGGCCGCUCCCCGCUCAUCCACGCCGUGGAAAACAACAGCCACAGUAUGGUGCAGCUGCUACUACAGCACGGCGCCAACGUGAACGCACAGAUGUACUCCGGCAAUUCGGCGCUGCACUCGGCGUCGGGUCGCGGGCUCCUCCCGCUCGUACGCACGCUGGUCCGCAGCGGCGCCGACAGCGGCCUCAAGAACUGCCACAACGACACUCCGCUCAUGGUGGCAGGCAGCCGCCGGGUUGUUGACGUCCUGAGGGGGAAGGCCACGCGGCCAGCUGCCCCAGCACCACCAGAGCCCUUCGCUGAGCGGAGUGCCAACACCUCCCCUGAGAGCGGCAGCCACCUCAGCUCCAAUGGUCUUCUUUCUACAUCACCAUCUUCCUCGCCUUCCCAGUCUCCUCCCAAGGACCCCCCUGGAUUUCCCAUGGUCCCCUCCAAUUUCUUUCUUCCUCCCUCAUCUCCACCUGCCUUCCUGCCCUUCUCUGGAGUCCUCCGAGCUCCCGGCCGGCCCGUGGCCCCCUCCCCAGCUCCAGGAGGCAGCUGA